AGUGUGCACAGACCACAGAGAUUAUCUUCGUUACCUAUGGUUCCAAGACAACGAUUUGACAAAAAACGUGAUCGAGUACAGAAUGAAAGUUCAUGUUUUUGGCAACAGUCCGUCACCCGCUGUUGCAAUUUAUUGUAUGAGACGGGCUGCAGAAGAAGGUGAGCGAGAACAUGGCACCGAUGCAAAACAUUUCGUUAAGAGACAGUUUUAUGUUGAUGACGGACUCACAUCGGUGGCCACGCCUGAAGAGGCUGUCGAGCUUUUGAGAAGGACAAGAGACAUGUUAGCCGCGUCCAACCUGAGACUCCAUAAAGUGGCUUCUAACUGUAACCAAGUCAUGGAAGCCUUUCCCGUAGAAGACCGGGCAAAAGAGUUAAAAGAUUUAGAGCUCGGAGUAGACCCUCUCCCAGUUCAGAGAAGCUUAGGGCUCUGCUGGAAUUUACAGACUGACAGUUUCACUUACCGGGUUUCAAACGAGGUAAAACCAUUCACGCGCAGGGGAGUCCUGUCAACUGUAAAUAGUCUGUUUGACCCUUUAGGCUUUGCUGCGCCCGUAAUCAUGCAGGGCAAAGCACUACUCAGGGAACUGUCAUCUGAAGAAAGGGACUGGGACACACCACUUCCUCCAGAAAAGGAGAAGGUGUGGGUCGCAUGGAAAAAUUCAUUAAAAGCUCUCGAAGACCUGCAGAUCAAAAGAUGUUACAAUCCGGGCUCAUCUAGAGAAAUGAGAAGUAACGAACUCUGCAUCUUCUCAGAUGCUUCUACUGUAGCAAUAGGAGCUGUAGCUUACCUGCGCUCUGUAGACAGCAAUGGCCAAUACCAUGUAGGUUUUGUGCUAGGGAAGUCUAAACUCGCUCCUCGCCCUGCUCACACUGUACCGCGGCUUGAACUUUGUGCGGCCGUACUCGGAGUUGAAAUGUAUGAGUCGAUUAAGGAAGAGUUAGACAUGAAAAUAGAGGAUGUAAAGUUUUUCACUGAUAGUCGCAUCGUGUUGGGGUACAUACACAACUCUUCCAAAAGAUUCCACAUGUACGUAGCCAAUCGUGUCGCACGCAUUAGACUAUCCACACGACCUGACCAGUGGCACUACGUAUCAACUGAGUUAAAUCCAGCUGAUCGUGCAACUAGAUCAGUCCCAGCAGGUGAGCUUAAAAACACUGACUGGUUCAAAGGCCCAAAUUUUCUGUAUUCAGACAGUAUCGAUAAAUUACACCAAGACAGUCAGUACCUACUGGUUGAACCUGAAAAUGACAAAGAGAUACGACCUGAAGUCAAAAUAUUGAUUACUGCAGCGACAGAGUCACAGUUGAGUUCAGAACGUUUCAAAAGAUUUUCAAGCUGGACAGUGUUAUGUAGAGCAGUAGCCAGACUCAUUCAUGUUGCUACGUCCUUCAAACAGAACUCAAAUGGACAAAGAGGAUGGAAAAGUCUCAAAGAACAUACAAACAGCAAAGAACUCACUCAAGCUGCAAAUAUUGUCAUUAAGUCAGUCCAGCAGGAAGCAUACAAAGAGACAUUCAAAGGGAUGAAAGAAGGACAGAUGAACUACAAAAAUGACACACUCAAAAAACUCUGUCCAGUUGUUGACAAAGAAGGACUGUUACGAGUCGGUGGACGCCUUUCCUCUGCCGAUCUCACAGACAGUGAGAAGCACCCUUUGAUUAUACCUUCUGCCAGCCACAUUGCCACGCUUCUUGUGAGACACUUCCAUGAACGCUCAGCUCAUCAAGGCCGGCACAUUACAGAGGGAGCUGUCCGUGGUGCUGGUUUUUGGAUAGUUGGAGGAAAACGUCUUGUGUCUUCUGUCAUACACAACUGUGUCACAUGCCGCAAGCUGCGAGGUGAACUUCAGAAUCAAAAAAUGGCAGAUUUGCCCGCAGGCCGUGUGACUCCGGAGCCUCCAUUCACCACCGUAGGUGUGGAUGUGUUUGGCCCAUGGUCCAUUGUCACGCGUCGCACUAGAGGUGGAAGUGCUCAGAACAAAAGGUGGGCUGUCCUCUUUACGUGUAUGUCAACCAGGGCUGUUCACAUUGAACUGAUUGAAACAAUGUCCACAGAUAGUUUUAUAAAUGCAUUGAGAAGGCUUUUUGCCAUUCGCGGCCCAGCAAAGCUCCUGUACUCAGACAGAGGGACUAAUUUUGUUGGAGCCUGUAAGGAAUUGGAUUUAGGCACAGAUGACAAAGCAGUAGGAAGAUACCUGCAAGAGAGGGGAUGCUCAUGGACACUUAACCCUCCACACGCACCCCAUAUGGGAGGGUCGUGGGAACGGCUUAUAGGGGUGUCCAAGCGUAUCUUAGAUGCCAUGUUAUUAAAGAACACUCAGACACGUCUCACCCACGAGGUCUUGAGCACAUUCAUGGCAGAGGUAAUGGCUAUCCUAAAUGCGAGGCCUCUUGUCCCAAUAUCAACCGAUCCAGACUGUCCAACAAUACUCACUCCAGCGAUGUUACUCACACAAAAGUCAAGCACGGUUUCUGCUCCAUCUGGAAACUUCUCUUCAGGACAGUUGUUUGGGAAACAGUGGAAACGAGUUCAACAGUUAGCAGAGACAUUUUGGAAAAGGUGGAAGGGAGAAUAUUUGUCUACCUUACAGAAACGCAGAAAAUGGACUGACAGCAAGCGGAAUGUCAAAGAAGGAGAUGUAGUUCUGCUUAAGGACCUUCAAGUAAGCAGAAAUGAGUGGCCUAUGGGACUGGUGGUGAAAACUCUACCCAGCAGUGACAAAAAAGUUCGCAAAGUAGAAGUGCGAGUUGUAAAAGGAGGGACUGCGAAGGUAUUUCUAAGGCCUAUCUCAGAGAUUGUAAUUUUGCUGUCAGAGACUGAGUAAGGUGUUCAAUUUCAUGUGGGAUGAUAUUAAUGUUAUGCAAAUGUGGUUAUUUGGAUGUGUGUUAUUUGGAGAUUUAUAAUGAUAUAAUGUGAUUAUAUCAAGCGGGGAGUGUUAUGCCUUUUGCUUUAAGAUGUUAAGAGUUUGAUGACUGAUGAGUCGGAUGAGUUGUGUUUAGAUAUGUUGUUUGAAUUUGAUUUUCAGAAACUGUCAUCAGAGCCAGAGUGAAACGUCUCUUUAUUGAGGAUCUCUGUUACUUUCUUCUUUUUUUUUACCACAGAGUGGGUGUUCAUUUCUGAUAGAGAGGAUCUUUGUUUUAUACAACUGGGAAGAAAAACUUUGUGAGAGAGUAGGUUUGUUCUGUACUGUUGAACCUGGAGAAAACCAAAGUCUUUUUACCAUUUGCCGAUUACUGGCUUCAAGAAGACUCCAUAAAGCUGAUAAAAGGAAA